AUGACUCCUCUGAGAGAGCAGAUUGAGGUUCUUAUUGAGAUAGGCAGGGGAAGAAAAAACAAUGGCAGAGGUUGUCGUUGCUUUAGUGUCCAAAGAAUCGCCGACUUGCUUACUCAAGAAUUAACUUUUCUGAGAGAUGUGAAGGAAGAUGUUGAGAGUCUGCAAGGAGUACUGAGACGGAUCCAGUCUUUCUUGAAGGAUGCAGACUGCAAGCAAUAUCAAGAUGAGCGUGUUUGGAACUGGGUUGCUGAAAUCAGAGGCGUAGCUUAUGAUGCUGAGGAUGUAAUAGAAUCCUAUAUUCUUAAGAUUGCAACACGUAGAGUAGAAGGAGCACGUGGAAUCACCAAGAAGGUUAGCUCUAUUUUCACAAAAGUUCCUCGUCUCCGUGUGAUCAAGAGCCGGAUCGAAUCCAUCCGAAACAAGACUCAGGCAAUUUCUGCUAGUAUGCAGACUUUUGACAUCAAACUUGAUGCUGAAAGAGCGGUUCCAGGUUCUGCAAGUGAGAUGCAACAACGACUGAGAAGAUCCUAUCCACAUGAUGAGGACGACGUGAUCAGCUUUCACGCAAUCAGGAGGGAUAUUAACGCUCAGUUGAUGAUGGAAGUAGAGCGACGCCAGGUUGUUUCCAUAGUAGGAAUGGGGGGACUUGGUAAAACAACUCUCGCCAAGAACAUAUACAAUGACAUUAAUGUGAAGCAACACUUUGAUUGUUGUGCUUGGGUCUUCAUAUCUCAACAAUACACUGCAAGAGAUCUGUUGGUAAGAAUCUGGAUUGAUGUUGCGUCUACUACAGAUAAGUCAAAGUUGGAACAAUACACUGCAAGAGAUCUGUUGGUAAGAAUCUGGAUUGAUGUUGCGUCUACUACAGAUAAGUCAAAGUUGGAAGCAAUAAAGGAGGAAAAGCUUUUUGCAUCUACUAAUAUGGAGUCCAUGAAAGAGGAACAAUCGCUGAAAUCCAUGUUGGAAAGGAUGGAAGAGGAGGAUUUGGUUAAAAAGCUCUAUAAAGUGUUAGAGCAAAAGCGAUACUUGGUGGUGCUCGAUGAUAUUUGGAAUACUGAAGCAUGGGAUUGUUUAAAACGAGCUUUCCCAAAUGGGAAGAAAGGAAGCAAAAUUUUGUUCACAACCCGUAACUAAAGCCUUGCUUAUUAUGCUGAUCCGUCGACAACUCCAAUGGAACCGCCAUUUUUGACAAAUAAUGAAGCAUGGGAGCUUCUCAGUAGAAAAGCAUUUCCCGUCGAGCAGAGUUGCCCACGAAAUCUUGAGAUUUUGGGGAGGGAAAUGGUGAAAAAAUGUGGAGGAUUGCCCUUAGCUGUUGUUGUCCUUGGUGGGAUAUUGGCAACAAAAAAAUCUUUGAAUGAGUGGAAGACAGUUCAGAAAAACGUUAUUGCACAAUUUGCUAUGUUGGAACGCAAAAAUCAAUAUGGAGGAGUGUAUGGGAUAUUAGCUAUGAGCUACCAUGAUUUGCCUUAUCACUUGAAGCCAUGCUUCCUCUAUCUUUCCCAAUUUCCAGAGGAUUGGGAGUUUCACAAGAGGACACUAAUUCGAAUGUGGAUUGCUGAAGGCUUUCUAGCACAAUCGCAGGAUUCAGCAAACCGAACAAUGGAAGAUUUGGCUGAAAUAUAUUUGGAAGAGCUUGUAAGCAGGUGCAUGGUUCAAGUAACUGAAAGGGACCACACUGGAAUUCAUGUCAAAAUUUGCCGCAUCCAUAGUCUGAUGCGAGAUAUCUGUAUAUCAAAGGCAGGAGAUGAGCAUUUCGCUGGAGGCAUUGAACACCGAGACGAGUUUGCAACAAACACUAAAUCUCGCUUUUUGAAGUCAGCAACGAGCCAGCCACGAAGAAUUGCUGUUCAUCCUCGUAUCGAUGGAGACAAUGCUGGUAAGAGAUUCUAUGUGCCGUUGGUAAAAUGUGGUGAUCCACAUCUUCGUUCCCUUCAUUACUUUGUUGAUCAAGACAAAUAUCGUAUGACUAGGGGGCAAGAAAUUUACAUUCUCAGCCAUUUUCGACUGCUUAGAAUCUUAAAUCUUGAGAAUAUAUAUCUGAGCAAAUAUCAUGUACCUGGAGAUAUUGGCAAUUUGAUUCACUUAAGAUAUCUUGGAUUGAGAAAUACUGGAUUAUGGGUAACAACGAAGUAUCUUUUUGUGGUCUCCACUUCUUUACCAGCAUCCAUAGGUAACUUGAAGAGUUUGUACACCCUUGACGUACGAAAAAAUUCUUUGGAAAGCUUACCUGAUGUGCUAUGGAAAUUAGAAAAUUUGAGACAUUUGUUAGUAGAGCCUGAAGUUGAUGGGCAAUUGCGGCUGGAUACAUUAACACACUUGGAGACUUUGAAGUGGGUACGAGCUAAGAAUCUAAUUGCAAACAAUGCAUUGUGCAAAUUGACUAAUGUUAGAAAUUUAGGAAUAUAUUUCAAAGAAACACAGGAAGUGGAUGUUGUCCUAAAAUCUCGCAUUUUUGAACAAGGCCGUCUUAGUAGCUUGAAGAUGUCGAUCUCAGAAGAGGGUUCAUUUCCAAAUUUGGAAUCACUUUCACGUUGUGAUCAUCUCACGAAACUAGAGUUACAAGGAAAAAUACUAGAAGAUCCCGACGAAUCACUCCGUCACAAUCUAAAAUUCCUGCCAGAAAGCCUCACCAAGUUAACUUUGUCUCAUUCUCUGUUAAAGCAAGAUCCAAUGAGUAUUCUGGGAAAUAAGUUGCAUAAUUUGAGGUUUCUGUUCCUGCAUACAUUAUCUUACGAGGGUUCUGAACUUGUGUGCUCUGCGAAUGGAUUUCCGAGACUUGAGAUUCUUACAAUUGAAGAGUUAGAAUUAGAAGAAUGGCAAAUAGAGGAAGGUGCAAUGCCCUGUCUCAGGACUUUAAAAAUAAAGGCUCUAAAGAAACUGAGGAUGAUUCCAGAAGGUAUCAAGUUCCUCGUUAGCCUCCAAGAAUUGAAAAUCAUCGACAUGGCAGCAUUUGCAAAGAGGGUUCAAGUGAUUGAUGGAGUAGAAGGAGAGGAUUUUGACAAGAUGCAGCACAUACGCAUCCAUUCAUUUGACUAUUCAUGGGGAUGCAAGGUUGAUGAAUUGGAAACGGACUCGGAAGACUCGAUGGAGGAGUGACCACGUUGCUGAAAAUGCCAAAGUUACCGUCUUCACAUCACAACCUUUGUUCUUGUGUUGCAUAAUUGAUCACAUCCAUCUGAUCCUACUCCAAUACUGUCACUUUAAAAUUUUCUUUUCACGUUGUAAUGCAAAUUCCUGACAGAUUUUUACUGUGU